AUGGUAAAAAGCUACUUCAAAUUCGAGCAAUCGAAUACCUUCGGGCUCGUCGCCUCGGCGUCUUCGAAUGCGAUCUGGGCCAAGGACGAGCAGACCCUCGGCGGCGCUGCACGCCAGACGGGCGCCGGUCGGGCGAUUGUCGGUGCAGCUGAAUCUGUUCUCUGCUGGGAUGUCAAAAAAGGAGAAUUGCUAGGACGGUGGCAAGAUUCUGCUUGUAAAGCGCAAGUAACUGUGGUCACCCAGAGCAAAACCGAUGAAGAUAUCUUCGCAGUCGGUUACGAAGACGGAAGCAUUCGACUUUGGGACUCGCGAACCAGCACAGUCAUCAUCUCUUUUAACGGUCAUAAAUCCUCUGUCACCCACCUGACUUUUGACAACGCUGGAGUGCGCCUCGCCAGUGGCUCUAAAGAUACGGAUAUCAUCCUAUGGGAUCUGAUUGGCGAAGUUGGUCUCUUCAGACUCCGCGGACACACAGAUCAGAUUACUUCGCUUCAUUUCCUCUUCCCGUCCGAAGAACUGCUUAGGGCUUCCGGGCUGAACGAACACUCGGGUUUCCUUUUGACUACUGGAAAGGAUGCGCUAAUCAAAGUAUGGGACUUGUCAUCGCAGCACUGCAUUGAAACGCACGUGGCUCAAUCGAAUGGAGAAUGCUGGAGUCUGGGGCUCUCACCCGACCAGGGUGGCUGCAUUACAGCAGGAAAUGAUGGAGAGCUCAGAGUUUGGUCAAUCGAUGAGGGCGCUAUGAUGGAAAUUUCAAAGGAGAAGGUCAGCGCAGAAGGUCGCAGAAUUCUCAAAGACCGCGGCACCAUUUACCGCAACGGUAAAGAUCGUACAGUCGGCAUUCAAUUCCACCCUCGUUUGGACUACAUAGGUAUCCACGGCUCUGAAAAGUCUGUUGAGAUUUGGCGGGUUCGCUCGCAGACCGAGGUCCAAAAGAGCAUGGCACGCAAGCAGAAGCGAAGAAAGGAAAAGGAAGCUCAGCGGAAAGGUGACGAUAACGCCGCAGAGGCUGACAAGGAGAAGUCCGAAGAUCCCGCGUCGGCCCCUGUGAGCGAAUUGUUCGUCCCUCACGUUAUUGUCCGAACUGGUGGAAAGAUUCGAUCAUUUGAUUGGAUGACCCUUAAAACGAAUAGUCUGAACAUCCUCGCUGCGACUACAAACAAUCAGCUGGAGUCAUAUAGCAUCGUUCUUGCAAACAAGAAGAACAAAGACGACGACGAAGCUGACUAUACCCGCAAUCUAGCUGUGGAUAUCCCUGGUCAUCGAGCCGACAUUCGAUCAGUCGCCCUGAGCUCUGAGGAUCGGAUGCUCGCCACUGCCUCAAAUGGCAGUCUCAAGAUUUGGAAUGUGCGCACAGGUUCAUGUCUGCGUACUCUUGAAUGUGGUUACGCACUUUGCACUGCGUUUCUUCCUGGUGAUAAAAUUGUGGUAGUUGGAAACAAGAACGGCGAGCUGGAAGUAUUUGACAUCGCAUCUUCAACUUUACUGGAGACUAUCCAUGCGCACGAAGGCCCCAUCUGGUCUCUUCACGUGCACCCAGAUGGCAAGUCUAUGGUCAGUGGAAGUGCAGACAAGUCGGCCAAAUUUUGGAACUUCCAGGUCGUUCAGGAAGAAAUCCCGGGCACUAAGCGUACCACGCCGCGCCUCAAGCUAGUGCACACAAGAACUUUGAAGGUCAACGAUGACAUUCUCAGUCUUCGUUUCUCGCCAGAUGCUCGCUUAUUGGCAGUUUCUUUACUAGACAAUACCGUCAAGAUAUUCUUUACCGACUCCCUGAAGCUCUUCCUUAACCUAUAUGGUCACAAGCUUCCAGUCUUGAGCAUGGACAUCUCUUAUGACACCAAGUUGAUUGUUACUUGUUCGGCUGACAAGACCGUUCGACUAUGGGGCUUGGACUUUGGUGACUGUCACAAAUCUUUGCUGGCGCAUGAGGACAGUGUGAUGUCAGUGGCAUUUUUCCCGAAUAACAAAGAAGGAAACGGUCACAACUUUUUCAGUGCGGGUAAAGACCGCAUGAUCAAGUACUGGGACGGUGACAAGUUCCAGCAUAUUCAGAAACUUGCCGGACACCAUGGUGAGAUCUGGGCGUUGGCCAUGGCCCACUCAGGUGAAUUCAUUGUCAGUGCCAGUCACGAUAAGAGCAUUCGCAUCUGGAAACAGACCGAUGAGCCACUCUUCUUGGAGGAGGAGCGUGAGAAGGAAAUGGAAGAGGCAUACGAUAACACACUCACUGCAUCUCUCGAACAGGAUGAGGAUGAGGAAGAUGGUGAAAAGGCCGAGGCGGUUGAUGCCGGAAAACAGACUACAGGAACACUCAUGGCAGGAGAAAAGAUCAUGGAAGCAUUAGAUUUGGGUAUGGAGGAUCUAGAGGUUAUGCGCGAAUGGCGCCAGACCAAGGCCAUCAACCCCAAUGCAGGUGCCCCUGAUCGCAACCCGAUCUACCUUGCGUUUAACAACAUUUCUGCCGAGCGUCAUGUCCUAAACACUGUUCAGAAGGUCCCCGCGGCAGCCUUGCAAGACGCCCUACUGGUUCUCCCCUUCUCCAAACUAACCUCCCUCUUCACUUUCCUCAACAUCUGGGCCGAGCGCGAGUGGAAUGUGGCUCUCACCUGCCGGGUUCUGUUCUUUAUGCUGAAAACGCAUCAUCGCCAAAUUGUCACCAGCAAGAUGAUGCGUCCUAUGCUCGACAGCAUCCGAACUACGCUACGUCGGGUCCUCGCCCGCCAAAAGGAUGAGAUGGGAUUCAACAUGUCUGCCCUGCAUUUCAUCGGCAACCAGAUCCGCGAAAACAGCACCAAGGACUACGUUGACGAGGAUACCUGGGAGGAGCAGCAGACACAGGAGGGAACGGGCAAGAAGCGGCAAUUCACCAACAUUGCGUGA